AGACAAUCUCCUUGGGCUCCGCCGUACCCGCUGGCCGUAUCUUUCUUGCUUUGAGCAAGAAAUAAUGAUGAUGACGAUAAUUCCUAGGGAUUAUGAUACAGUCUGAGUGGAGCCUGGUUGUAGGGGGGAGGGAAAUACAACUUUCUCGUUUGGGAGUUGUGACCGCCACUGAGGGUUCUGGGUUUCUGGUAAACCAUGGUAUAUAGAGGUUCAAGAGCCCUCAUGGAAUUGGAUUUUCUUUUUCCUCUUUCAUCCUUCAUCCUCCUUCAAUUCACUUGCUAGGAAGAGACCGACUGUGAAAGACCAGCCUGUCUUCCUCUACGAGUGAUAUCAUCAACUACUUACCCCUCCAUCAAAUCUUAUCACCCCUCCUUUUUUUCUUCUUCCUUCUAAACCACCACCACUUUCUCAAUCAUCAUGCCUCGCUUCGAAGACUCUGACCUCGGUGUUGACGCCGCCGCCCCUGCUGGUGCUCGUUCUCCUCGGGACCACCGUGGCAGUGGUUCUCUGCCUAUCCCCAACGAAGCUGGAAACACCGUGGAGAUUCCUGCUACCAGAAGCUCCAUCAGCGAUGCUGCUCAGUACAUGCACAACCUGAGCUUGUCGCCCUCGAUGAGGGACCGCCGUGGAUCUCGCAACUCCUUUGGCACUUCUCUCCCCAUCCCCAGAUCGCCUCGUGUCUCGAGACUCUCGUCUGUCGCCAAACCCUCCGUUUCCCGCGACCUCCUGGCCUCUCAGGUCCAGGACAUGUCCAAGGAGAAGGUCGCUGCUGCUAAGAACAUGGCUUUCGCUUUCGACAUUGACGGUGUCUUGGCUCACGGUAACGAGCCCAUUCCUCAGGCCAUCGAGGCUCUCAAGAUGCUCAACGGUGACAACGAGCUGGGCAUCAAGAUCCCUUACAUCCUCUUGACCAACGGUGGUGGUAAGACCGAGUCUGCUCGUUGCCAGCAGCUGUCUGAGAUCCUCGAGUGCCCCAUCUCGACCGACCAGUUCAUCCAGUCCCACACUCCCAUGCAGGCUUUGUCUGAGUACUACGAGACCGUCCUGGUUCUCGGUGGUGAGGGCCAGAAGGUCCGUGAGGUCGCCGAGAACUACGGCUUCAAGAACGUUGUCCACCCCAAGGACAUCCUUGCCUGGGACCGCACCAUCUCCCCCUUCGGUUUCUUCACUGAGGAGGACCGUGCUGAGGCCAAGCCCCGCGACUUCUCCAAGGUCAAGUUCGACGCCAUCCUGGUCUUCACCGACUCUCGCGACUACCAGACCGACUUCCAGCUCAUCAUUGACUUGCUGCUCGCUGAGGAUGGUCAGCUCCUGACCCGUGCCAAGGACCCUCUCGCCAACCGCAUUCCCCUCUACUUCUCGCAGGGUGACCUUGUCUACCCUACCGACCACAAGGGUCCCACUCGUCUGACUCUGGGUGCCUUCCGUAUCGCCCUGGAGGCUCAGUACAAGACUCUCACCGGUGUCGACAUGGAGCGUGUCAUCUACGGAAAGCCCGAGCGCGCCACCUACACCUACGCCGAUGAGGUCAUGAAGUCGUGGAUGGAGGAGAUUCACAACGAGAACCGUCUCCCCGAGAACAUCUACAUGGUUGGUGACAACCCAGCCUCUGACAUUGUCGGUGGUAACAUGUACGGCUGGAACACCUGCCUGGUCCGCACUGGUGUGUUCCAGGGCCCUGGUGACAACGACACCAACAACCCCGCCAACUUCGGUGUCUUCGACCACGUCUUGGACGCCGUCAAGGCUGCCGUCCGCAAGGAGCUUGGCCAGGACUUCAAGUUCAAGUGGAACCCCAAGGUCAACCCUGUCCUCCACGGCGACAGCUCCUCUGCUGUCGAAUAAGUUUAACGAAUCUCACGUUGGGAAGACAAAACACCAUCAAAAAUUCUGUUUUGCGAUUGAUAUUCACCAUGGGCGUUGGUUUUUUUUAAACAUUCCCCGAGUUCUAUGCUAGACAUUUGUUAUGUUUUCAUUUUUAUAUUUGCAUCUGGGCUUGUGGGCUUAAGGACUUCUGAUAUCCAAUGUCGCUCGAUCUGGGACUUGAACCGGAAGAGCAGACCAACCGAUGUUUUUUAUGGGUUUACGUGUUUCUUUUUUUUUAUCUUCUGUUUCUUAGACUGGUUUCUAUGAUAAAGAUGCAAAAUAGCAUCAUAUGAACUUCAUUUCCACAUAUCUUCAAUUCUCUUCAACCUGGUAGCCUUAAGACGGGUGCAGGUUUCUUCAACACCCCGGUUGGUGCACCUAACCCGUG